AUGAAGCUUUCCUCCAUUUCCAUUGCGCUUGACCUAUCUGGCAACAUCUUGACUGGUACUAUUCCAUCAGAAGUUGGGGCUUUGAGAAAUCUUGGAUACAUGGACUUGUCACGCAAUAGAUUAUCCGGAACCAUUCCUCCUUCUUUGGAGAGUUGUGUGAUGCUCAGCUUGCUUCACCUAGAGAGAAAUUCAUUUCAAGGUGAAAUACCUGAUAGUUUGAGGGCUUUAAGAGGUUUAGAAUAUUUGGAUCUUUCACAGAAUAACCUUUCAGGAGUGAUUCCAAGAUUUCUGGUUGGGUUUCACCUUUUAUAUCUCAACAUUUCUUUCAAUAAUCUGCAAGGUGAAGUCCCAACUCUUGGAGUAUUCCAAAAUGAGAGUGCAAUCUCACUUGAAGGAAACCAAGAUUUGUGCGGAGGCAUUGCAACUCUGAACCUUCCUUCUUGUCCAUUCUCACAAAAAUCCAACAGGAAAGGUUUAGGGAAAAUCUUGAUCCCAACUAUUGUCGGAGCCAUAUGCCUAGCGCUUGGAGUCUGCUUAUGUAUGAUCAUUAUCUACAAGCAACGUACAUUACAAAAUAUCAGAACCCCAAUAUUCCAACUGCCAGACAUUUUGAGGCUAUCUUACGGAGAUCUCUUGAAUGCCACAAAUGGAUUCUCGGAGAUGAAUCAAGUUGGUGCAGGUAGAUUUGGAUCUGUGUAUAAAGGAACUAUCAAUGAUGAUGAUGAGCAGACAGAUGUGGCGGUGAAGGUUCUUAAUCUUAAAGUAAGAGGAGCUUGCAAGAGUUUGGCAUCAGAAUGCAAUACAUUGAGAGGCAUACGACACAGAAACUUGCUCAAGAUUGUGAGUGUUUGUGACAGCAUUGAUUUUCAAGGGAAUGAUUUUAAGGCUUUGGUGUAUGAAUUUGUGGCCAACGGAAGCCUCGAGAACUGGUUGCAUUCUGAGAUUGAAGGCAGGGGAGCUCUCACUGCUAUUCAGAGACUCGAUAUUGCAAUUGAUAUUGCAUCUGCAGUUGAGUACUUGCAUUGUGGCACUGAGUCCAUAGUUAUUCAUGGAGAUUUGAAGCCGAGUAACAUUCUCUUGGAUCAAGACAUGGUCGCCAAAGUUGGUGAUUUUGGUUUAGCCAAAAUUGUUUCAAGCAGAUCAGAGUAUGGAAUGAGCUACGUUGCAUCAACUGAAGGGGAUGUAUACAGUUACGGAAUUCUUGUCCUAGAGAUGUUCACGAACAAAAGACCAACAAGUGAUGCAUUCGAAGGGUGUCUAAAUCUCCAAGACUUCGUUAGCACUGCCUUGACGGACCGUGUAACAGAAGUAGUGGAUCCAGUUCUGCAUCAAGAACAUAAUGUGGAUGAAAAGUAUUGGGAGUGCAUUGUUUCAAUUCUGAGGAUUGGAGUGAGAUGCUCGAAGCAGCUUCCAAGAGAUCGCAUGUCGAUGGCAGAUGUUGUUAACGACUUGAAGAAGUUGUGA